AUGGAAGCCCUCUCCAAAGCGCCCGAUGUGGGCGAGGCACUCUCGGGAGUGUUUGGAAGUGUCAGCUUGACGGCCUGGAUAUGUCUUUUGCUGCCACAACUGAUUACAAACUACAAGGCCAAGAGCGCUGACGGCCUAUCCAUGAACUUCCUGAUCAUAUGGCUGUUGGGCGACAUAGCGAAUCUGCUUGGCGCACUCUGGACAAGUUUGGCACCAACCGCUGUAGCACUUGCCUUGUAUUUUUGUUUCGCCGACCUGGUCCUCAUUGGCCAAUGCAGCUACUACAACGCCGUUAACGCCCGCCGCCGCAGCCGCAUCGAAAGACAUGCCCGCAGUGCACGACAUUCCUCUGCCGAGACACAAGAAACCGACACAACGGCUGUAGAGGACCCUUCUGAGCACGACCCGCUGCUGGAUCAUGAGCACCCGCGUCGGUCGCGCAGCGAUUCUACGGGAUUGCCAGGCUCUCACCGUCGGCACUCGAUGCGCCACAGGGAGAGCACUCUCGAUCCAUUGACCAGAAUCGUCACAGGUGAAGACGAAACUCCUGACAGCAAUCCAUGGCUGCACAACACCCUGAGCUUGGUAGCUGUUUGGGUCGUCGGCGCUGCGGGCUGGUUCAUCAGCUACAAGAUGGGUGCGUGGGAUGUUGAGGAUGGGUUACCCGAUGGUGGAAACAACACGAUUUCUCAAGAGCCACAGGCCGUCAUUGGCAUGAUCCUGGGCUAUUUCAGCGCCAUCUGUUACUUGUGCGCUCGAAUCCCUCAGAUCAUCAAGAAUUACCGUGAGAAGUCUUGCGAAGGUCUUGCCCUGUUGUUUUUCCUGCUCUCGCUCACGGGCAACCUCACAUAUGGAGCAAGCGUUAUCGCCUACUCUCAGGAAAGAGACUAUAUUGUCAGAGCCCUUCCUUGGCUUCUGGGCUCGCUCGGUACUAUGCUGGAAGACUUGAUCAUCUUUGCCCAGUUCAGACUCUACUCGCCGCAACGUGAGCCAAAGACGCAUCAUACCGCCUGAAGAGCUGGCUCUUCGCUUACACGAAGCAAACGUCACGCAUUUGCUGGGAGAAACGGCCUGUUUCGAGGAUAGGA